AGGGGCUGCGGCUGGAGGAAGAAAGGUGGGCUCCGGACUGGGACUAAGAUUGUGGGCCAGAUCAGGGGUGGGGUGGGAUUCGGGGUGAAUGUCUGAAGGCACUGCCAGGGACAAAGGCCGAGCAGAUAGGCCGGGCGGAGGGGCCCAGUCACAGCCAGAGGCAGGGGCCAACCAAGGAGGUCGGGAGUAUCUGGGAGCCAUGAUUGAGGUUGUGUGUAACGACCGGCUGGGCAAGAAGGUCCGUGUGAAGUGCAACACGGAUGACACGAUAGGAGACCUGAAGAAACUGAUUGCGGCUCAAACAGGCACCCGUUGGAACAAAAUUGUUCUGAAGAAAUGGUACACAAUCUUCAAGGACCACGUUUCCCUGGGUGACUAUGAGAUCCAUGAUGGAAUGAACUUGGAGCUUUAUUAUCAGUAGAAGCAGCAGGCCUGCCAACUCUGCAACUCCCACUCCCAUUUUUAAAGUCUUACUAAUAAAAAUCAUUUAAAUGCUGUUGCUUCUA